CCCUGAGCAGAUCACACACUUCCUUACAAGGAGGGCGGUCCCUUAACCCGUUACGAAGAGGGAGACACACGGGAUCAGGGGGACGAAGCCUCAAACUCUCUCUCAACACUGAGCCCGAGUUGCUGAAAGCUGCUGCGUCCGAGAUCCGACAGGUGGAAUGACCCAUCACACUUCACACACCAACGGCAUGCAGAAUAUCCGAAAAGAGCACCUGUACAAGGUGCUGGUUAUCGGAGACCUGGGGGUCGGGAAGACCUCCAUCAUCAGGCGGUACAUCCACCAGACCUACUCCACCAACUACCGGGCCACCAUCGGAGUGGACUUCGCCCUGAAGGUGUUGAACUGGGACUCUGAGACUGUCCGGCUUCAGCUGUGGGACAUUGCAGGUCAGGAACGUUUUGGAAACAUGACACGAGUGUACUACCGUGAAGCCAUGGGAGCCUUCAUAGUGUUCGAUGUGACGCGGCACACGUCCUUUGAGGCCGUCGUUAAAUGGAAAGAGGACCUGGACUCCAAACUAAUGCUGGCUGAUGGACAGAGCAUUGCCACCGUGCUGCUGGCUAACAAGUGUGACCAGGGCAGGGAGUUGACCAACAACGGCAUCAAAAUGGACCAGUUCUGCAAAGACCAUGGCUUCGUCGGGUGGUUUGAGACCUCUGCUAAGGACAACCUCAACAUAUCUGAAGCUGCAAACUUCCUGGUCAAGCACAUCAUGGCCACAGAGAAUGACAUCCUGAAAAGCGUGGUACCAGACACCAUCUCACCUCAGCUAGACUCCAACAGGCAGAUGAGCUGCUCUGGCUGUUUCAAAUAAUGAAAGGAGGGAGCGAUUGGGGGAACCAUACAGAAUGGAGACACAGAAGGACAAAGAGGGACAGGCACACCACAAGACCUUCUAAGCCAGACCUGCAGUACUGUUUGGCUUCUUUGGUCCAAACAGGAGUUGAAGACUUUAGUUUGCUGCAUGUCUGUGGUUUGUUUGUGUUCUCAGUGCCCAAUUACAAGCAAACCAGAGCUUGCAAACUAAAAUCACAUGGACUCAGAAGUUGCAUAUUUAUUUAAUAGAGUUUUGGUAACUUGUAAGACUGUGAGUUUAAAGUUCUUGGCAGACAAACAAGGACAACUUCAGGUAGCCAUAAUACCCUUAUCUGUGCUCUUUGACAUUUAAGUGUCAAACCGCCAACCUUACCUUUUGGGCCUCUUUUUAGCCAGUCAAGAUUAUGUUCUCUUUGAAGACAAGUUCACCUGGAAAAGGACUGGGAAGUGGCACAGAUCUGCCUGACCAAACUGAACAAGAAGACUAAAUCCUCCCAGCAUGCUUGAUGCAACACAUCCGAAGGUGUGCAGUGAUGACAGAAUGAAAACAGGAGUUUUGUUCAACUUAAAUCUGAUCUUCAACAUUUCAAGCAAGUAUUGCAAGUAUUGCAAGUAUUGCUGUCCUCCCUCUAUUUACCUUUACCUCUACAUGAACUGAAAAUAACUGUGGGAGACACUCAAGCUUCCCUUACCGUCUGCAAAAGCCAAAGAAAGCAGUAUUGACCCGUUUUAGUGGAUGGCCAUUGUGUAAUUAUGUGAAUUUUGCACAUGCAUUACUUUUUUUAUUAGGAUUUUUAUUUAUUUACAUUAUGCUUUUAUGAGUGUAAUGCUGCUUAAUGUAUUAUGUUAUUCUGCUUCUUCUUUCCUUUCUUCUUUCCUACAAUUGACUAUUGUGUAAGCCUUAUUUAAUUAGGCAAUUUAAGCAACAACACAUUCAUAUUUAUAGCAACAACUUGGUCGGGGAGAGCAGCUGCAAAGGGAGGGAGAGUUAAACACACACAAACAUCCUGGAGCUUGCCUUGUGUAACUCGUCUUUCAUGGCCAGUGGGCAGUUGCAUUGGAGCAGGUCAGGUUUUUCUUAUCAAAGGUGUGACACCCCUCCCACCAGCUUGGAGACUGUUCUGGCCAGCCUCAGGGGGUGGGAGGUAGUCAGCUGAUUGAGUUCACCUGGGCCCUUAGGCUAUAAAAGCUGCUCCUUGUGCUUCCUCCUGUCUUUCCCUUCCUAUAGCUUACACCCACCCUGCAUUGCUUUCUUGUGGUUUGCGCCUCCGUAUCAAAUUAACCACACAUCCAUGCACUGCUGACAUUUCUGAUAUACACACUCCAUUAUUCAUUUGUGUUAACUUUAGUUUUAAUAAAUUACUCUUGUUAUAAGUGAA